CGGGGGAUUGAAACUGAAGAUCAUUACUUUGCCCAAACACAGGUGUAAAUUAAUUGGGUUAAAAACGGGUUGAGAGUUAGGUUCAAUGUUGUUAUGAUUUUUGUUUUUAAAGCCACAAUUGUUGCCUCAAUACGUCUCUAGCGAAGCGGAAACGAAACUGAUAACCGUUACAUAACAACACAGAAAUUCCUAGGAAACUACACGAUUCUAUUGUACCUACCACCUGCGUCUCACUAGCGCCAGAAUCUAUGCACAAGCAACAGCUUACUGCUUACGAUUCAUUAAAUGGAAACUCAUGUAUUAUGACAACAAAUAGAGACUUGUCGUUUUAAAAUGAAACACACCGAACACGCACACGGAUUGUCAGAAUUAUUUGUUUCUGGAUCGCAGUCUAAUCUCAACCUAUAUUUUGUUUUCUUUUAGUAAAUUGCAUUCCUUGGUAUGAGCGAGUGUCGGUUAAAAUCAGGAAGAGUGAGGUCCGUCUUCUUGUUGUUGUUGAGGAAAUGUUAUUUCCAGCAGCAUGCAUCCUGAUGGCAGCAGCAGCAGCAGCCCGGAUUCCUCCAUACAAAGCCGCAUCCCCGUUUCUUUACCCCGAUUUCUCCUGCCCGCUUGUUUGUUCGGUCUCGCCGCAGCUUUACUUUUUCAGUGUGGCGAUCGGGAAAUGUCCAUAACAUCGGUCCUGGUCAAGCUGUUUGUUUACUUCUCUUUCGCCCUGCUCUGCGUCUUAUUUGGAACAUUUGCCCUCCUAGUAAAACAAAGUCCAACAAAAAUAACCAGAUUUGACACCCUGAGGAAAAAUAAGACACAGACUUUGGAACUGCUAUUCAUUAAAAUAACGAGACAUCUUUCUGGGCCAGCACUGGAGUCUCAGCAAUUAAGAAGAGUAGUGAUCUCACACAAUGUGGAUAAAGCUCUUAAAGAAGUAUUUGACUACAGCUACAGGGACUACGUCCUCUCCUGGUAUGUGGAGCUCAGCAAAGACGAAGGGCAUUUGUAUCACAUGCUAUCGGAGGACUUCUGGGAGGUGGCCAAACGGCUUAGAAACCGUCUGUCCUACGUCGACAUCGUCAGGGUGGUGUGCAUCGACACUGUCAAAAUGUUACACACCCACUUCUGUGACCUCAAAGCAGCCAACACCAGACAAGAAGAACCACCAAAGCUGUUCCCACUGCACCCGUGCUUGAACAGCCCGGAGGAGGAGCUGCAGUUCCUGCGGUCUUGCUCACGCCUUCUCAUGCUCUACCUCCUUCCCACCAAGGAUGUCCGCUCUCGCAGCCUCAGGGUGGUCCUGGCAGAAGUCUUCGCCACUAAAGUGCUGAAGCCGUUGGUGGAGGUGCUCAGUGACCCGGACUAUAUCAAUCGGAUGCUGCUCACCCAGCUGGAACUCAGGGAGCAGUUGAAUGAACACCACAAGAAGGCCUACACGUACGCCCCUUCCUACGAGGAGUUCAUCAAGCUCAUCAGCGGCAGCUCUGAUGUUGAAUUCCUGAAGCAAUUAAGAUACCAGAUUGUUGUUGAAGUAAUUCAAGCAACUACAAUCAGCAGCUUGCCUCACUUGAAGAAGCAGAAAGAUAGCAAAGGUAAAGAGACGGCCGCAAUGAAGGCAGACCUGCUGAGGGCUCGGAACAUGAAGAGGUACAUCAACCAGUUGACUGUGGCAAAGAAGCAGUGCGAGAAACGGAUAAGGUUGCUAGGGGGCCCUGCUUAUGACCAGCAAGAGGACGGGGUGACCGAGGAGACAGAAGGCCACCAGAGUCAGAGGAUUCUUCAGUUCGAGGAAAUCAUGUCCAAACCAAAGUUUCGGGAACAUUUCCGUAUCUACAUGGAAAGGGUCGACAAGAGAGCGCUCAUUAGCUUCUGGGAGUCGGUGGAGUAUCUGAAAAAUGCUAACAAGAAUGAAAUACCUCAACUAGUUGGUGAAAUCUACCAAAACUUCUUUGUGGAAAGCAGAGAAAUUCCCGUGGAGAAGGCACUUUACAAAGAAAUCCAGCAGACACUUGUGGGUAACAAAGGAACUGACAUUUUCAACAAGAUCCAGAGUGACGUUUACGACACAAUGAAGGACCGUUAUUACCCAUCCUUCCUGGUGAGCGACACGUACGAGAGACUCAUCAAGAAGGAGGAGCAGCGAAGUAACUCGCAGUCCAGCUCCGAGGACAAAGAUGAGGUGAGCCAUGCUAGUGAAAGCGGUGAGGAUGUGCUAGACGAAGGUAGCAGCGGGAUUAAUGAGCAGGCCAGCUACGCUGUCAACAAGCUUCGCCUGCUACACGAGAAGCUGGAGUAUAAAAGACAAGCUCUAGGCUCCAUUCUCAAUGCGCCAAAACCUGACAGAAAGAUUGCCUCUAAGUUGAGGGAGGAGAUCAGCAAUAUGGAGAAGGAGCACAGUGACCUUCAGCUGCACAUUUCACGCACUGACUGGUGGUGCGAGAACCUGGGCACGUGGCGAGCCAUUAUCAAUAGCAACGAGGUUGCUGAAGAAAAUGGUGAGCAAAUGCCCUGCUACUCUAUCUGUGUGCAUUUACUUGAGAGCGACGAGUCUAAAAACAAUAGCUGGACCGUUUCCAGAAGGUUAAUCGAGUUCCAGACUCUGCACAGAAAGCUCACUGAGUGUUUCCCGUCCUUGAAAAAAGUACAGUUACCCUCCCUCAGUAAGCUGCCAUUUAAAUCUGUUGACCAAAAAUUCCUGGACAAAUCCAAAAACCAACUGAACACAUUCCUGCAGAAAAUGCUUUCUGAUGAGCGGCUGUGUCAGAGUGAGGCUCUGUAUGCUUUUCUCAGCCCUUCGCCCGAGCACCUAAAGGUCAUUGACAUCCAGGGAAAGAAGUCCUCCUUUUCACUGUCGUCCUUCCUGGAGAGGCUGCCGGGAGAUUUCUUCUCUCACCAAGAGGAGGAGACUGAAGAUGACAUUGACUUUUCCGACUAUGUAGAUGAGCUUGAUGGGAAGAAAGACAUGCUUGCUGAACCCUGUUUCAUGCUGAUUGGAGAAAUCUUUGAACUUCGGGGAAUGUUUAAGUGGGUCAGGAAGACACUAAUUGCACUAGUUCAAAUUACAUUUGGGAGAACUAUUAACAAGCAGAUCCGUGACACAGUAAACUGGAUAUUCAGCGAGCAGAUGCUUGUUUGUUACAUCAACAUCUUUCGAGAUGCCUUCUGGCCAAAUGGAAAACUGGCAGCCCUUUCAAGACCCAGAACAGAGAUUCAGCGUCAGGAAACGAAGCAAAGAGCACAACAGAAGCUACUGGACAACAUCCCAGAUGCUCUUCAGAGCCUUGUUGGACAGCAGAAUGCCCGGCAUGGGAUCAUCAAGAUAUUUAAUGCGUUACAGGAAACGAGUGCCAACAAGCAUCUCCUAUAUGUUCUCUUGGAAUUGUUGCUUAUAGAACUUUGUCCUGAAUUGAGAGCUCAGCUGGAUCAACUCCGAACAGGCAAGGUCUAAGAAAGCACAUGUAUAAACAUACUGUACAUUAAUUGAAGAAUAUGUCUAUAGAGGCAAACUAUAUAAUCCUCUUUUUACAGAGGAAUGAACUAAGUACAUGUCAGUGGUUGUUUCCUGUUUUAUCUGAAGUACCACUGUAUGAACAGACUUGAUAUAGCACUGCUAAAUGAAAGAGCUGCUUGUUUUAAAAUUUUGUUUGUUAGUUUGGAAAUUUGAUAAAAGUUCAACCGCCAAUAUAUGUUGUAGCAAUCUGGGGUUAUUUUUAAGACCUUGACUGGUGUAAUUUAUUGUUAAUUGUUGUAAAGUGAAUGUUGUACUCAUGUUAAAACUUCACAGAACUCUGAACAUUCCUUACCCUUUAUUGUGUUCAUUAAAAGCUUUAUUGUGCAAUA